UUUUCUUACAAGCUUUUUAAGAUUUAAUUGAUUCAAUUUAAAUUUUGUGGAAAACCAGUGCAAAAUCUUAGUUCGUACGGAGUAGUUGCAUUGUUUCCCGUUGAAGGAUUUCGAUCUCGCCGGCGAUCGGUCGGCUUCCGAUCGCUCUGAUCGCUGCGAAUAUCCUCCGGCCUCUUGGUCAAUGAUGAAACAACGAUCGCGUCCAGAUCUGUAGCUGCCGGAUCCGUAGUCGAAGCUUAUAUCUUGUUCUUCUCAAUUUGGAUGCAAGAUUGAGACUUCUAGGGUUUCUGUUCGGUUAUCAUGGCGAUGAGGAACCGUACGCUGCUGUUCAGGAAGUACAGGGAUUCUCUGAGGAGCGUCCGUACGCCGGUGGGGUCGUUUUCGUCGUCGACAGCGACGGAGAAAUCGUUGACGGGAAAGCGAUCCGGUGUAGGUCCCGUGAUCGAGAUGGCGAGUACAUCUCUGCUGAAUCCGAAUCGCUCCUAUGCUCCUGUUAGUACCGAAGAUCCUGGGAAUUCCAGCAGAGGUGCACUCACAGUGGGCUUACCGCCAGCAUGGGUUGAUGUCUCUGAGGAGAUUUCCGUAAACAUACAGCGUGCAAGGACAAAAAUGGUGGAGUUGGGGAAGGCUCAUGCCAAGGCAUUGAUGCCUUCUUUUGGGGACGGUAAAGAAGAUCAACAUAAAAUUGAGUCUUUGACACAAGAGUUAACUAAUCUUUUGAGGAAAUCGGAGAAGCAGCUACAGAGGCUUUCUGCAGCUGGACCUUCUGAAGAUUCAAAUGUCAGAAAAAACGUGCAGCGAUCUCUUGCUACCGAUCUUCAAAAUCUUUCUAUGGAGUUCCGAAAGAAACAGUCUACAUAUUUGAAACGCUUGAGACAACAAAAGGAGGAUGGGGUGGAUUUAGAGAUGAAUCUGAACGGAAGCAGAUCGAGAGCAGAAGAUUAUGACUUUGACGAUAUGUUAUUUAACGAGCAUCAAAUGGCGAAGAUAAAAAAGAGUGAGGAAUUCUCAGUAGAGAGGGAGAAAGAGAUCCAACAGGUUGUAGAAUCAGUUAAUGAGCUUGCCCAGAUAAUGAAGGAUCUUUCUAUACUGGUGAUAGACCAGGGCACGAUAGUUGACCGGAUAGAUCAUAACAUCCAAAAUGUCGCUAGCACAGUUGAGGACGGCCUCAAACAGCUCGAAAAGGCAGAACGUACACAGAAACAAGGAGGGAUGGUGAUGUGCGCAACUGUGCUUGUCAUCCUCUGCUCCAUCAUGUUGGUUCUCUUAAUCAUCAAGGAGAUAUUAUUCUGAUCGAACAACUUAUCAUUUGUGGGCUUAGACGCCUUUCCAGCGAUUAUUUCACACGUGAAGAGAAUUGUUCAUCACCCUGUACUCGCAGAAGGCAGAAGUUUUCGACACAAUGCUCCGGUUUCAUCAAUAAAAGAAAAGUAUGGUCCAUCAUUCUUUGAUUCUUUAUACCCAAAAGCUGCACUUUUUUCAUUUUGUUUCCUUCUCUUGUCUGUAUUGAGGAC